CCAGUUCAGGGCGUGUGCCCUCCACAAGCCUUCAUCUCUCUUCUUCAUCAACUCUCUUUGUUUCCUUCGCUCCAUGGCACACGCCCAACCUGCAACUCUCUCUGAGGCUAAAGUUCUAGCAAUCUCCAUAAACCAUGUUCAUGAGAGACAGAUGAGGGAAGAGCCCAAGGAGGAUUUCGAUUUCUCACAAAGGGCACAAUGGCUCCGUGCUGCUAUCCUUGGAGCCAAUGAUGGGUUAGUCUCCACUGCAUCAUUGAUGAUGGGAGUAGGAGCUGUUAGACAAGACGUAAGGGCCAUGAUCAUCACUGGAUUCGCAGGGCUUGUCGCCGGUGCCUGUAGUAUGGCGAUCGGAGAGUUCGUAUCUGUUUACUCUCAGCUUGACAUUGAGAUGGCUCAAGUCAAGAGGGAGAGGCAAAGGGUAAGUGCAGGAGAUCACAGCAUUAGUACUAAUGAAGUAGAGAGUGGAAAAGAGAAUGAAGAGAAUCUUCCAAACCCAAUCCAGGCAGCUAUAGCAUCUGCACUUGCGUUCUCCAUUGGAGCCAUGAUGCCUCUUCUAUCAGCUUCGUUUAUAAGGGAGCAUAAGGUGAGGUUGGGUAUGGUAGCAGGAGUUUCAAGCUUUGCUUUGGUGGUGUUUGGAGGGUUAGGGGCUGUGUUGGGAAAGGCCCCUGUGGGUAAGUCUUGUGUGAGGGUAUUGGUUGGUGGGUGGCUAGCCAUGGCUAUAACCUUUGGCCUCACCAAGUUGAUUGGUUCAAGUGGAUUGUAGGAAUUUGAAUAUUGGAGAAUAUAUAUAUAUAUAUGCGUACGUGUUGUUGUAGUAGUUGUUGUUCGUCUCUUUU